AUGGAGGCCAUUCGCUCUUUUGUCGCCGCCAUCCCCAGCCCGGUCACGGCCACCUUUACGGCCGUCGGCGCCCUGUACCUGGGCAGCAAGGUGCUCUCGCAGCUCGGCUUUCUCCUCAACAUCUUUGUCCUGAGCGGCACCAAUCUCCGCAAGUACGGCAAGAAGGGCACGUGGGCCGUCGUUACCGGAGCAUCCGACGGCCUGGGCAAGGCGUUUGCGACCCAGCUCGCCGCCAAGGGCUUCAACCUCGUCCUCGUCUCCCGCACGCAGUCCAAGCUCGACGACCUCGCCGCCGCCCUCGAGGCCAAGCACGCCGACCUCAAGACCAAGGUCCUGGCCAUGGACUACGCCAAGAACGACGACAGCGACUACGUCCGCCUCGCCGACCUCGUGCGCGGCCUCGACGUCGGCAUCCUCAUCAACAACGUCGGCCAGAGCCACAGCAUCCCCGUGUCCUUCCUCGACACCGCGCCCGAGGAGCUCGAGAACAUUGUCACGAUCAACUGCCUCGGCACGCUCAAGACCACCAAGGCCAUCCUGCCGGGCCUCGUGCAGCGCAAGAAGGGCCUCGUGCUGACCAUGGGCUCCUUUGGCGGCUGGCUGCCCACGCCGUACCUGGCCACCUACAGCGGCAGCAAGGCCUUCCUCCAGCACUGGAACACCAGCCUCGCGGCCGAAGUCAAGCCCAGCGGCGUCGACGCCUACCUCGUCCUCAGCUACCUCGUCGUCUCGGCCAUGAGCAAGGUCCGCCGCCCCAGCCUGCUGAUCCCCACGCCCGACGCCUUUGUGCGCGCGGCCCUCGGCAAGGUGGGCCGCGGCUGGCAGGCGUUUGCGGCGACCUACACGCCCUUCUGGACGCACGCGCUGGUGCAGCACGUCGUCGAGAACACGGUUGGUGUGGGCCACCACCUGGCCGUCUGGUACAACCUGGUGAUGCACCAGGACAUUCGCCGGCGCGCGCUGCGCAAGGCCGCCCGCGAAGCCAAGAAGACGACGUAG